UGUGUGAUAGGACUUUUAUUGAACCGGCGAGCUUUCAACGAGCUUUCUACCUAUGCGACCUCUGUCUGCCCGCUGCGAUCCUGGUAUGUUCCCGCGCCAGUGUCGGCGUUGUCGCUAGCCGCUUUCUCCUUCUGAUGAACUUUUUUAGGAACCCCUCCUACGAGCGAGAGCGAAAAUCUUUUGUCUCCGUCUACCAAACGUAGACGGUAAGUAUGGCCUAUAAAUAGAUAGGUAGGUAGGUAUAAUAACUCGGCCCUUUGAGGGAUUGAGCUUUAUAAACUCCAAGCACCAGCCUCCUAGCGUUUCAAUAUUUUUACCUAAAGGGUGAACACCGUGUUAAUGUUAUCCUGUAGAGAAACUAAAUAAUUAUGAACUUAGAUCGAGGCUCAUGCUUGUGAUAAUGAAAACUAAAACCCUUUUCAAGCUUAAUUGCUUUUAUCGCAAAGGGCGAUAAAAGCAAUUAAGCUUGAUGCUUCUGGUUCAGGCGCAAACAAUGCUUAAAAGGGAUUUAAUAAUCAAUCCAGCCCAUCCAUCUGUAUUUGGUUGAUUCUUAAAUAUAGUUAGCAUCAACAGACCAAGCAAGUGGCCCACUUGAUGAUAACUGGAUUCAUCGCCUAUAUAUUCACAUACCCUUUAGAUCGGAACAGCAAUGCUGCUUGGCAGCAGAAAAAAGCGAACUCUUGUCACUAAAGCUUUGUUCUUUCUACUAGUAGUAGGCUCAUAUUUUGUAUCUAUUCUAGUAUGUUCCGGUGCCCGCAUGACGACCAUCACCACAACCACGACGAUGCCGCCACCCUCCUCUCCGACACCGCUCACCAUGGCGUACAGCCCCGAGCUGCCCACCGUACCGCCGCAAGUCUGCACCGAAGCCACCAGCACCAUCUCACCAUUGGGCAGACUGCGCAGCGCUAUGCGAGACAUCAGCUACGUUCAGAAGAAUGUUCUGGACGCUUUCAUUAUAUUCUACACGGAUGAGCAUUUGAGUGAGGAGCCGUCAGCAGAUGAGCGCAGAUUGGAGUACUUCAGCGGCUGGGACGGGCCGGGCACGGCAGUCGUGCUCGCGGACGGCGAGGCGGCGGUGUGGGUGCCGGCGGGCGACGUGCGCCGUGCUCGCGCCGUGCUCUCCUGCGCAUGGAACGUGCUCGACGCUGACAACCCCAGCCAGACCAGCGUAGCUGAAUGGAUCAUUAAAUACGCACCGCGCAACGCACGCAUCGGCGCAGACUCUCGUCUGACGUCCAUCAACCAGUGGCAGAUGCUACUGGGCAGCCUGCAACGCGAGGGCAUGUCCCUCCUCGCUAUGUCCACCCUCCUCGAUCAGCUGUGGAACGAGGAACUCGACCCGGAGAAGCGGAGACCAGAAGUUAAUAGAGUCGUGGCUAAGUUACACAAUUCUUCAUAUACAGGUAUGACAUGGCGACAAAAAGUAGACCUAGUCCGGAACGAACUCCGGCUUAUUGGCGUCGACGCGAUGGUGGUCACCGCCCUGGAUGAGGUGGCCUGGCUCCUCAACAUCCGGGGAAGGGAUCUGCCCUACGCGCCUCUCCUCAAGGCGUUUGUUGUAGUCAGCGUUCGGGAACUGAGGGUGUACGCGCCUGCUGGCAAGCUCUCUAUGCCAGUACGGGAAGCUCUUGCUGUGUACAACUGCUUUCCCAAUUCGAAUAACUGUACCAGGGUGAAAGAUUACAGCGAUAUAUAUGCCGACCUAAGAAAAGCUACAGAGUCAAAGAUCCUCAUACCAACGGAAGGGACUUUCCAAAGAGGCGCAUCCGCAGCCAUCGCACAGAUAAUCCCUCUAGCCAAGAGGUUGUUCCAACCAUCGCCGAUACUGUACUUCAAGGCGCAGAAGAAUCAGGCGGAAGUGAUGGGAAUGCAUAAAGCGCAUCUCCGCGACGCUGUGGCGAUGUGCACUGUAUUGAGCUAUUUGGAAGUCGUGGGGAAGUCCGGGCUAAACGAGCUAACAGUGGCGACGAAGGUGGACAUAACGCGCGGUACGCAGGCCGGCUACGUGUCACAGUCCAUGCAGACGAGGGUAGCCUUCGGGCCCAGCGGCGCAGAACCCGAGUACAAGGCAACUGCGGCUACCAGUCGAAGGAUAUUCCCCAACUCCACGAUUGUUAUACAGUCUGGAGGACAAUAUUAUGAAGGUACAACAGCAGUGACCCGCACGCUGCACUACGGCUCGCCGACCCGCGAGGAGCGCCGAGCGUACACCACGGUGCUGCGCUCUCUGUGCGCGCUGGCCACGCUGCAGACUCCCAGCACGCUGCCCGCGGCGCACACCGACCCUGUGGCGCGCGCGCCGCUGUGGGCCGCGCGCCAGGACUACGCGCCGCCCACGGGCUACGGCAUGGGCGCUGCUCUUAACAGGAAGGAAGAUCCAGUUGUGAUUGACUACAGGCAAGACAUUAAUUUACAUACGUUUAGAGAAGGCUACUUCAUUACCAGCGAGCCCGCAUGGUACGAGGCGGGUAAGUUCGGAGCAAAGUUAGGGAAUGUCUUGGAGGUACUGCCCCGGGCUGGUGGCUACCUGGGUUUCCGAGAGGCAACGCUCAUACCGUAUGAAUACAAACUGAUUGAUAGGAACUUACUGACUGAGUACGAGAUUAAAUGGUUAAACGAAUACAACGAACGAAUACGGAAGACGGUUGGCCCAGAACUGAAGGACCAAGGUCUCACCGACGUUUACUACUGGAUGAUGAAUAAAACUGUGCCCAUCGAGUCACCACGAGCUAAGAAGAACAAUCCUAACUCCGCCCCAUCUUAUACAUGCCGUUUAGAAAUAAUAAUUGUGUUAGCUGCAUUUGCCUUGAGUUAUUAUUGAAUCAUAUAGAAUAGUUAGAUUCCUUUUUAACGACAUCACUGGGCGAUUACAAUAUAUUUUUGUUUACAAAACCAUUUUAUUACAUUUUUUAAAACAAUUAUUCAAAUAUAUUGAUAUAAUAUAGUCGAUAUUUUAUGAUAUAUAGUAUAUGCCAUAAAAUAUCGACUUGGAGCGAUCGCCAUAACCAAAUUGCCAAAAAUAACCCUCUAUAGUGAAGCUGUUAACUAGGGACGUACCUAUUUGUAUUUAUAAACAGGAAUAUUUGUAGCUAUUUAUUUGUAUUUCUCGUAUUGUCUACAUAACAACUUACCUACGCUUUAUACACAUACGCCUAACCGAUUAGGGUUGAGUUAUAUACGAACAUAACAUAUAUGUUGCUUUAGAUAUAUUUUAAUUUAUAAAUUAUAAUACAAAUCCUUUCCUUUUUGUACCUACUAUAUUGGUAUAUAAAAUCUAAUUUAACUAUAAUUAGUUCAUCAAAGUUCAUUGACAAUUGCAAAUAAAGAUUCUUACUUUAUAAGAUUAAGUGUCUGUGUAGCUAAGCUUAAGGUAUUAUGUAUCUGCUUAAUAUAUCUAGUGUGUAAUCUUCAAAUAUUUUGUAUAUUGACAAAAAGAUCUAAAGGUAUAUAAGGGAUGUUAUCUUAUACCUACUCUAAAUGUAAUAUAUUUCAAUAAUAAGUUAGAUAUUAUAGUUAUUACCUAGAUACAAAUACGCAAUAUUGCUUCGACUGUAACAUUUACGAAAAUGAAAAAAAGCAAUACAAAUUAAGUUACGUACUUAUUAUUUUUUUUCUUAUGACGUAAUAUAGGUAUAUGCACCGAUAAUUGUACAAACAUAAAAUAUUGUAAAGUUUGCGAAUAUAUUUGGAUGUUUGUCAAUAGUUACCAGAACGGAUUUUACUAGAUUUUACACAUUAGGUCUACUGUAUUGUAUUGGCAAUGUAGGUACUUCUUCCAGAAGAGGUAGAUAUCUAUGGAGAUUAAAAAAUCCUGAUGAUGGAUAUAGUAAAUAAUAUAAGUUACCUACUUAAUCUCUAUUAGUCACUGAACGGACACAAAUUUUUCAAGUUAAAAUAAAAAGAUGUUUUAAAAUUAAACAAAAACAUUAAAACAUUUAUACCUAAGAAUAUGUAGUUGAUAAAUUCUCGAAUGUUGGAUUACGUGUUAAAUUUACAACAUACUUAAAGUUUUACUUAUUUAGGUUUUAGGAGAUAGAUAAAAUUAUGAAGGUUUAAAAGCACCGAGUGCCUUAUUAAAAUAUUAGAGUGUAUAUUGCUUUAAUUGCCUAGGUGGGUAUAUCACAAUAUGUACGAAUAUCUACUUUAUAGAAGUACGUACUUCAUAUGCCUAUGUACUUAGGCAUUAUUAUAUGUAUAAUUAUCGUUAAUGUCUAAAUACAGUAUUUUAAGACCUAAAUUAUAUUAAUGUGUUAUGAACUGAUAUUUAUUAAAUUAUUAUAAUAUAGUUAAAAGAGUAGACUAUCAUGCUUCUAUGUGUAUUAUAUAUAUUUUAGUAUUUAAGUAUCACAAUAUAUAUAUAUACUGAAUAUAGUUAGGUAAAUAUAAAAAUAUUAAGUAUAUUGGUUCGUUUAACAGUCACUUCGAUUGGAACUUAAGAAAAUAUACACAAAAAUCUAUCAAUUAUAUUCUAUUUUUUUUUGUUAAAAAUAAGCAGAAUGUAAUACCUACCUAUAUAAUAUAAAAAAAAUAUCUUGAUGUUACUUAUAAAUAAAAUAGAUAACCAUAAUAUAACCAACAUAAAUUUUAAGUAGUCAAAUGUAAGCAAUAAGUAGUUAUAUUCGUUUUUCACGGUUAUCUAAAAUCGUGCAGAUAAAUCAGCAUGUGCCUAUUACACUUAGUUAUACCUAUUUCGGUAAAGUAAAAUCGUCGGUC